UUUUGUGGUUUCUGUGGUGUAGAUGGUUCUUUUGGUAAUUUUCAUUCCUGGAAGAAGAACGAAAUUCAAACCCUAGGGAAUUGGGGAUCUUUGUUUUAAAGGAGGAGGGAUUUGAUUCUUGGUGUUUCUAAUCGUUUGACCAUGUGUUUGGUUUCUCAGAAACUGGAAAAGAAAUCAGAUUUUUUUUUCUUGGAGUAGUAUUACAUAAAAAUGGGUCGUCCACAGGAACCACAGAAACCCUUCUUUCCCUUUGGAAAUCCUUUCCGGAUGAUAUCCUCCAAGGGUUCACAGUUGUCUCCAAAGCUUGUUGCACUGUUGAACGCUUUCGAGGAAACCUUGGCUGGGAGGAUGACAAAACUGAACCCAAUAAACAAGGGUGAUGUUCUUAGCUUGUCAUGGAUGAAAUUAGCAAUGGAUUCAAUUUCUGAAACUUACAAUGAUGUAAAAAGCCUCAUUACUAAGCUUGAGCUUCCCGCGUGUGACUGGGAUGAUAAGUGGAUUGAUGUGUACUUGGACAUCAGUGUUAAGAUGCUUGAUAUAUGCAUCGCUUUUAAUUCGGAGCUCUCACGAUUGAGCCAGGGACAUCUCUUUCUUAAGUUUGCAUUGCAUAAUCUGGAUUCAACCUCUUCACAGCAGUUUGCAAAGGCCUGCUCCUUAUUUGAUGGCUGGAGGAAGCAUAUUAAUACGAAGAAUCCUAGACUUAACAACUGCUGGACCAUUUUAGACAGUCUGGUGGAAUCCUUGGAUCUCCCAAAGGUUAAAAACUCGGCAAAAGGGAAACUUUUGAUGCGUGCUAUGUAUGGAGUUAAGGUGGAGAUAGUUUUUGUUUAUAGUGUCAUUGCUGCAGUCUUUUCCGAUUCCGCGGAGAGACUGGUCGAUUUGAAUGUUGCUGAGACGCACUUGUGGGCACAAGCUUUUAAGGACCUGCAAUCCAAUGUGAAUGGGGAAAUUAGAAAUGCUUCUUCCAGUGGCAGAUCUGUGGUGCUGAAAGAGCUGGAAGCUGUUGAUGCUACUGUCAAGAGAUUGUAUCCCAUGGUCCAAACAGGAGUUGCGUCUGAUCAUCUGAAGGUCUUACAAAACUCUGUUACGGAGUUGCAAACGGUAACAGAGAAAUUCUCAACGGGACUUGAUCUUGUCGCAAAGGAAGUGGACGGCUUCUUCGAUGCAGUGUUAUCUGGGCGGGAUGCUUUGCUCUCAACUCUAAGAGGAGAUGGAGGUAAAGUUGAGCCAAAGCUAGCGGGAAAUUUAGGGCAGAUUGUGAGGUGAAUUCUAGUGGGGCUUAAUCUUCUCAUGUACACAGAAGUUGUUAGGCAUGGGGUUUUCAGUUUUCUUGUACCGGAAAGUAUAUUCUCUUAUAUGGCUUAUAGUAUUGGGUAUGGUGUGAGUUGUAAGAUAAGUUAUGUUGCAAUUGUAAUGGUCGAUGUGUAUGUUGUACCUGAACUGGCUUCCAUAUAUAAAAUGGUCCUUAAUGUUUGGUGCAA